GGAAGGAAGCGAGGGUUUGACUCCACGUCACUGAGGUGUGAUAUCGGCGCCUCAGAAGGUCCCUCACUACUACUAUUACAGCCCCGCCGCACCAGCCCAGGUGUCCUCAUGCCGGGACCGAAUCCCGAGAGGACGAGGUGAAGACGCAUUUAGCCGGUUCUGCUGCGAAGGGCCUCAGCUGAAGAGGGCCUCCCUGUUUCGGCUCCUAAAUGGGUGAAUCAAGCUCACGCCGUUCCACGCUGGUGUCCCGCCUGCCAAUCUUCCGCCGCAGCAGCAGUAAGAGGCAGGAUUCUCUUCCCUCCUCUCCAUCUUCAGGCGGAGUGGGAAAUGGCGUCCACACCUCCUCGCCUUCCAGCACCAACUCUAGUUCUGGCAGCACUGGGAAACGCCGGAGCCUCUUCCGGACGCCAUCUCUAAGUUUCACAGCCAAACGGAACAGUGAGCCACGCGUCCAGCCUAUCAACCUGAACCUCACUCCUCCCCUGACACAAAGCACCGAUGCCAAUGGCAACAGUCAGCAGGCAGUGCCGGCAUCAGUGUCGACAGGGUUCAGUGAUGGCGGUGGGCGACCCAAGUCACGCCACUCAUUUGGAUUUGGCAGCCACAGGCAAAAGAAAAUCCCACGCUCUCAGACUGAAGACUUUGACAAGGGCUCUUCCUCCUCCUCCACUGCCAAUCGCAAUGUGUUCAUCAACUGCAUCAGCAGCUCAGGGACCAAUGAGGGUGACGAUUCUGGAUUUCUUGAUGACUACAGUGGGGGCAGUAAUAAAAACAGGCGGUCAUCACGCCAGAAGAAACAACUGCUGCCUAAGUCUUUCUCAGCUCACCAUCGCUUCUCCCGCACAUCUGACCACCACAGACCUCCAGAAGUAAAUCUUGAACCUCCAAGCUCCACCACCAUUACCCCCGGUCCAGGGGGGCUCACCCCAGGUUCAUUGCCCGGUGAACUGAUCGGUGCGGGUGGUGAGAGCUCGCUUCAGUCCCCUAUGAUAUCAGAAGAUCGAACCACAGCUGCUACUCCUUCAGAAUUCAUUCCCAACACAGAGGACUCUGUAUCAGAGGUGGAUGCACUCCCAGCUCCCAGCCCCGGGUCUGGUUUAACACCCGUCCCUGUUUGUGUGCCCGACCUGACUGCCGAUACUGCUCCACCUGACCCCCCUCCUGCUCCUGAGAACUUCAGCGCAGCUGUCUCUACCUCCCAGGUUUUCUUCACUCCAGCCCAAUCCAGUGCUGAGAAACCCUUAGUUCCUGACACCAACACAGCCAACAACACAGACUAUGAAACCGCUGUUUCCCUCUCAGAGCCAGAGACAGCCGUACCCUGCCUACCUCUGCAGGAACAAUCACUGGAUGAGAGGAAGGAGAGGGAGGAGGAAAGACAGGAGGCAAAGAAGGAGGAACCUGCUGUGAAGCAGAAGGAGUUGGUUCAGGAGAAAAAGACGGGCUACCACACAGAAACCACGAGUGAGAGUGAGACGUGUGUGGUACGCAGCGAGGGUUGUCACUCUAACCCUGAACAGUCAGAAAGGAGGGCAAGAAACACACUCUCACUACGAGAAAGAGGAAGCUUCUGUGGGUGCCAUGAACCUAGGUCCUCUCAUCUGAGGAAACCACAUGCAGCUUCUGUCUGUAGCAGUGCCAGCCCCUACCACGAGGUGAUGCGCAUUGAAAGGCGUUUACGCUCAUCAUCUGAGGGGGCUGGUGGGCCUCGUAUCCAUGGAAACCAAAGGGAUCCCCCAGGCAUGGAAGGAGGUGGUCUGCUCAAACACAGACACAACUCUUCAUCAUCUAAACUAGGAAGUCUGGAUGUUUUAAACAACCUGGGAUCAUCAGAACUGGACGAGGACGAUCUUAUGUUAGAUCUGGACCUUUCUGAUGAUCAGCGACAUCGACAUGUGUCCAGAGAAGACUCCAGCCAGUCUUUGACAUCCUGUCUUAACCUGCUCGCCUCUCCCAUGGAUCCAUCUGGAGAUCGCAUUGCAGGGAAAGAAAGCAAUCAGAGGGAACCUAGCCGACCCACCAGCCUGCUUCCUGCUGACUGGAGUACGGGCUUGAGUUUGGGAAGGGAUGAUGAACUUUUACCUCCAGGGCUGGAGGCCCUUCCACUCAGACUGAUGCAGCAGGACUGCACUGCUGUCAAAACUCUGCUUUUAAGACUGCGGCGGACACUCCAGGAGAGCACUGAGACCAGCCCUGCCAGCAGUCUUCAGUCUUUGCCAAUCAGCCCUUGCAGUGAAAAGUCCCUUCCUUUUAAGGAUCUCAGCAGAGAAGAAGCUUUGCUGCAACAACUGAGAGAGAAAGAUGACCUGAUUCUCAGACUCCAGACUGAACUGGAGAGUGCCAAAGCUGCUCUGGACGCUAAAGACUGCCAAAUGACUGAUCGCACAACGCAGACGGAACACAUGGGGCCAGAGAACAGUCAUCCAGGCCGGUGGUCAGGACCCGGCAGCAGCAGCAGCAGCAGCAGUCUGGCUCCAAGGGACCGAAGGGUGGUGCGGGGCGUGGGAGCAGCACUCGCAGGGGACCACUCUAGCCAACACCACCCCUAUCACUAUCCACAUCUGCAUGGUCGGCCCGCUGCUUCUGAGCGCCACACUGCCAACCUGUCCUCUGCCAAGGCCUUAGCCACCACACCAACCCAGCUGCAAGUUUCAUACCCACGCCUCAGUUUAAAUCAACCUCCGGGCUCCGCCGCAGUGUCGUCUGUUCCGUCUCCGUCCUCCAAGCAACCCGAGGGGAUGUCAUCCUCCUCCUGUGAGUCCUUAACUCCGGGAGGAGGACAAGGUGGAGUGAAUCAGUCAGGGGGAAGGAGAGGUGGUGGUGACCACCAUCCACCAAGCCAUAUUCCUCGUGCAGUUGGGGCCAGUACGUGCACAAGCCUCCAUAGUCUUGGAAGCAGGGGGAGCCUCUCUCAGAGCGUUUCCUCGUCAGACCAAGCCUCCCCCCCACCUCCUACAUCGUCCUCAGCCUCCUCCUCUUCCUCGUCCGCGUUCACCGGCCGGUUAGGACAACCACCUCGAGGUCCUCUGUCUCUGCAUAGCUACAGCCGUAAAAAUGUCUUCCUGCAACAUUCUCUACACACGGCCGAACUGCAAGCUCUGACGCAGAGAGACAGUUGAGGGCACACAGACAUUCUCGCCAUGACGACCAUAAGCAGCCAUAUCAUUGACUGAAGUGAUGACACGUGUGAAUUUAAAGAAAAGUUGCUGCUUCUAAUGUUAAAGUUGCUCAGGUUUCACAGCUACACCCCCCCCCAACCCCCUCAAAUCAUCAUCGCACGCGCUUACAAUCAUACUUUGCAAUCUAGACCAGCCCUCGACUUACAUUUUGUUCUGAAAUUUGCUCAUUUUAUCACACACCCAAAUGCAAGUUCUCACACAGACACACGCAUCAGGCUGUGAGAAUGAAAAAAGGCAAUCACUCGUCUAUCAGAGCUCCCACGUUGUGUCAUGCUGACAGUUCAGAUGAGCUUGCGCCCACACACACACACACACACACACACACACACACACACACACACACACACACACACACACACACACACACACACACACACACACACACACACACACACACACACACACACACCAAGUGCACACAGACUGGCAGGCGCUUAUCUGUGCACACACACACAAAUACAGCCACACACAGACUCAAAUGCACUCUCUGACACAAAGACAUCAUCUGUGGUAUCUCUGCUUCACCAUCUGCUCAGAUAACAUGAUAUUAAAAUUGAAUGAAGAGAUGAUGUAUCUGCAUUGUUAAAAAAUAUUUUUUUGUACAUUUAACAGUGAAACCCAAAUUCCUUUAGAAGCAGCUCGAGAACCUUUGGGACUGACCCUAAUUUGCGCUUGUAAUAAUGCUGUAUAUUCUCAUCUUGCCAAAUCCUGAAUCAGAUCUGGACCUCAUUCACUAGAGGUCCAGAUCAAAAGAGGUUUAAGUGAACGUCCUCAGAUACCAUCCUUUUGACUGCAUGCUUUGUACGGUUUUUGAAAAAAGACAAUGUCUCAGUAUCCAACUUUCACCUCAGUCUUUCAAAACAGUAAUGAAACACACUGUCAAAAACUCUGAGACAUUGACGUAAUUUUUUAUAGAGUUUUGAGAAAGAAAUGAGUCACCUGUGCUCACAUAAACAAUAAGAUCUUUUCUCGACUUAAUAUUGGACCAUUUUAUUAUUGUAGAAGUACGAAGAUGCAAUAUUCCCCACAAUAUACUGCACGCAAGAAUCAGUGUCUGCCCAUGGUGUUAGAAUAGUUGAGUAAAGAUGAAAUGAAGGAUUUCAUUCUGAAUUGUGAUAUUUGCUAUUAAAAUUGUUUGACACAUUGACAAGUUAAAAAACGCAUCAGAUAAAGAGUCUAGACAAAACAAAUUGUUUUAUUUAUCAAAAACAUCUUUGAAAAAGUGCAGUAUUGGAAUGAAUGCCUUCAGAUCCUCUUUUUAGGACUGGGUAUCGAAAGGGGAUACUUAUGCUUGCCUAAAUCAAAUGAUCAAUAUACGUGUUUCAGAUAGUAAAGUCAAAAAGAAAAUAAUGUUUCAAAUAAUUGCAUUCCAGAUGUCAGAUAUGUUAUCUGCGCAUGUGUGACUUUUCACUCGAGUCUGAGCCUGUGUUGCAAAGCAAAUAAUACUGCAGAUAUUGCACAGAACGUUGUUUACUUGAUCAAAUAAUGAAACACAGGGAGCAGAAUACAUUAUUUUUGCAAACAAUUCUAUUUCUAAAAAAGCGCAAGCACUGAGUUUUUCCACAGGUACCCAGUCCAUAUGCUCGGGUCUUCUUUUUAAAUACUGGACACUAAGACGCAUACACUUCCUUUUGAAUAACAUUUGCAUGAAGUGCUGAAUUGUACAUUUGGGACAAAAUAUCACAAUUUAAUACUUGAUAAAACACAGUUUUUUCAACUGAACUGGGUAACAUGACAUGAGCUUUGAGGUAAACAAAUUUCAACCAGGAAGUGAGAGCAGGGGUUUGUGCUCGACGCAGGCAAGUAGCUUCCAGCUCCUGGUGUCUACAGACCAUGUGAGACGUUAGUGAGGUUGUUGACCUUGUCUGUCUGUAAAUAGCAAGCUGUCUUUAGGGAGCAGUGUAAAUCACUGAUGUUUUCUUUAAUGCACAUCCCACGAGGUGAAGGAAAAGCCUGAAGCAGAAAGAAAGCAGCUCUUUUCCUUGUGGUUCAAGUUACAGCUCCCCCUCUGGUCGCUUUCCUGAGACUGCAUUGUCUUACAUCGUCCCCUCCGUCUUCCUUUUCUUUAUCUGUCAGCUUUCUUUUGUCUUUCUUCCCCUCUGUCAUGUCUUAGAUCUCCCAGAGUCGUCACUCUAUCAUUUGCCCCUUCUGAGCCUUUGCACGCAGAGCUUGUAUUGUCAUAGAGCGUAUCGGUUAUAGACUCUGCUGCACAAGCUCUCAGUCCUGGGCAUUGGGGCCUGCAUCGCUGCCGAUUUUCAUUCCAGCUUUAUAAUUAGGGAGUAAUUUUACACCUGGUAUAAGCAAUUAACUACCUGGUAGGAUACACAUGCAGCAGUAAUGUGGCUCCAGAGGAGCUGGACUGACAACUACAGCUGGAGCAUGAACUAAUCAUUCCCUGCCUUGUUGGUUUACCGAUGAUCGUAGUUUGAAGCCAGCUGACCUCUUCAGCAAUGCUAUUGGAUCCAUGGCACAAAGAAAAGAGUAUUUAACUGUCCAGUCAGGUUUUAUUUUGCCCAGUGUUGAAAAUAAAUGCUCUUGUUUCAGUUGUACUGGAGAAUUGAACUGAUUUUCAGUUCCACUGCUGAGAAAGCGCUUCUGCAAAACUGGGCGCACAAGCCUAAAGUCUUCAUUCCGACUUAGCGGCAUGUUGCCCUUUUAAAACACUACAUUCCUUUCUUUUUUUAAAUGUUAGAUUCAAUUUCAUUUUAUUUUACUUGUGGGGGAUGGGCAGAUUAUUGUUUUCUUUUGUAUUUUGCCUUAUUUAUAUUUAUUGCUGUAGGAGAGAUUUCCUGCAAACGUUAUGACACUUUCAAGAAAUGCUAAUCAUAGUAAGAAUGUCAAUAGUGAUAAUGAUCAAGAUGGAAAUGACAAUGUUGAUCAUCAAGUUAUAGUUUAAAUUGUCGUCAAUCACACAUCUUAUGAUGUUACUUUUCUUGAUUUUUCUUAUCGUAUUUAUCUUUUCUUUUUGGACUACUGUAAUAAUGAAACCUAAUUGUAUAUUUGUGCAUAAAUUAUUGAUUCCUUGGUAUGAAUUUUGAUUUGUAUACAGUUUGUUUGUGUAGAUGACAUUUCUUAUUGUUAUUGUUUGUUUGCACAGGAGAGUAGAACUCAGCGAAAGAAAUAUUUAUUAUAAUCACCGACAUGAUUCAAAUACAGUGAGAUGUCUGACUUAUAGUCAAAGUUUCAAACCUUGGUGAGGCUCCAUAAAAAAAAAAAUGGGACUAAUUUAGGAAAUCUCAUUUUAAACCUCACACUUAAAGGCAAAGUCCUUCUCUCAUAGAUUAAAGCUAUGUGAUUCUGCUUUUCUUUUAUUAAAUCCAGUUUUUUGCUAUUUCUUUCCUUGCUUUUAGGUUACUUAGAAAGACACAAAUGUGCAAUCUUUUCUUACCUAACAGCAGAUGGUAAUCACCUAUGAAAGACACUUUUGGUAUUUGACAUCUAUGUCAAAGUACAUCAAACUAAUGGGUACAUUAGAACUGCAAGGUCUAGUUAUCCCAUAAAUCCCAUAGGCAUGAAGUUAAUCACCAAAACCACUAAGAGCGACACAAAAAGCUCUGUCUUAUAGUCUUUUUUCACUUUAUUUGACCCCUUGAAACCAUUUUGAAACAUAUUCUCUUUGGCAAAGGCUGUUCCAAUGCACUAACCUGUGAUCUAAAUACUUAGCAGUCAAUGUUUACCCAAAGUAUUUUUCUUGAAUUCUCUGUCUUUGUUUUUGUUAAUCACAGUUGUUUCACAUGUGAAAUGUUAUAUCAAAAGAUUUUUGUCCACUGUGUCCCCACUGUUAAUAUUUAAUACAAAUAAAGCUGAUGAA